AGGUAGGGGAGGGGAACAUGAGGAAGUGACCUCACUUCCUUGACAACGCUUGCCUAACAGAACCUAGAACUCUCAAGGCUGGUUGGCUACAUUUACUGGUAGAGAGACUCAACAACCAGGAGGAUGUUUUCUUGCUGUUUCCCAAAACGCGAAGGCUCAGGCCACAAGAGUUGGUGGAGAGAGGGUGUUAUUCAAAGGCUGAGAGGCUCAGGCAGUCGUCAGGCCCAGAGCCUGGAGCACACUGACCCAAGAACCCCCAAGAUGACACAGGACCCAAGGAAGUCCAGCCCAAAGCUGGAGGAUGCUGGCAAGGUGGGGAGCAUGGAGCCAGACAUGCUGAAGAAGCUGGUGUUCAACCUGGUGCUUGCCCAUCAGCGCGGGGACCCCUUCUUCGUGCCUGCCUUCCUGGCCAUCUACAGGAGGUUCGCCACCACGCGGCAGGUGCUGGAUCUGCUGUUCCUCAGGUGUGCCCCACCUCCAAGUCAGGGGGCCCGGGGAACCUUGGGAGCUCUUGGGGAUGAACCCCCUGAAACGUUUUGCACCCUAAUAUUCCUGAGAAAAAUGCUUUACUCAGAGGACUCCUGUUCAUAAGGCGCAUCCAAGACCAAAUAGGCAG